AUGCGUACUUAUAAAGACCCCGUGUGCCCCCCUACCGUGCGCUCCCAAAUCUCUAGAUACCCAGUACUCGGUACCCAACACCCAACACCCAACACCACCUAUUCCUGUGCCUUUAUGAAGAAAACGCUCAAAAAAUGGGUCAUCGCCAAGUUGGACAAGCUCCAGGGCAAAGAUCCAACCAUACCUCGUCUUCCCGACCAGCGAAAAUACGCAUUGACAACAGAGUAUCUUCUUGCUUCAGAGUCUCCAUUCUUCAAGAAACUGCCGUACGAGAUCCGACAAGGGAUUCUGAUGUUUGCUUUUGGCAACCGUCUAAUACAUAUAGACCUAUCUCUCGCCCAUCCCACGCGCAAUGCCAUCAAUGCCAACCCCACAUUCUUCAUCACCAACGACCACUGUGGACGGGCACGAGUCGUGUGGCCCCUGUCGCCCAUUGACACCGGUAAACCCAAGUGCUGGCAGUGGAGGGGCUGCCUAUGUCAUCGCAUUCCACCGGACUCGAGGGGUGACUUCCAUGACAGGGCGAGAAAUAUUCCACAGCCGGGAGACGACCGGUGCUGCAUGGGGUUUGGGGCCUCUUGUGACCAGUGGCCGGGCCAACUACCAAAUAAGUGCUGGAUUGGCAUCAUGGGAUGGCUGUUGACUUGCCGUCAAUCGUACGUCGAGGGCAUUCAGGUGCUAUAUGCAACAAACACCAUUCACAUUGCCAGUAAGGCUCUUCUUACGCACAUUCCGAGCGUCAUUUUGCCUCAACGGUUAAUGGCCAUUUCAUCAUUGGAGAUUUCAUGGAAUAUCGGCGCCCACGAACAUGAGGGCAUUAUCUUCCUAAACCAAGACGAUCUGGAAUCAAUCCUUACGAUACUGUUCUCCCACUUCCCGGCGCUCAGGUCUUUACACCUGGCACUAAAGAUGCAGGUAAAUAUUCAACUCCCCGUCCAUCUUGGCGCCACACUCAGGGUCCUCGACUCGUUUGUCCGCAAUACAAACCUGAAGUUCACCGUCUCCGUAACGAGCUCCGUCUUCAGGCAACUAUACAGGACUGUACGGGGAGGAAUUACUGGAGGAAACCUUCUCUUUUCGGAUUACCAGCUUUGGCGACAUCUUGAUGUUUGA